GUUUGUUCUUCUCCUUUUUGACUCCUUCUUUUCCUCCUUCUUCUCCUUCUCCUCAUCCUCUCCCUUCUCCCUGCUUUUCUCCCCAGUCGCUCCUUCCACUCCUUCUCUCCACUGUCCCGCUCACACUCUUUUUUGCCCGUUUGCACUGCCUUUUACUCUCACUCUUGCCUCGUUGCUAAUCCCGCCACAACAGCAUCAUGCCGGAGGUACCUGAGCAGAUCACCGACAGCCUCGAGCACCUCGAACUGGAGGUGAACAAUAGUCGCGGCUACCACCAGGGCGGUGGAUACCAAGAUCAAUAUGCCCCUCCGCGCGGAGCUGGAGGACGACCGGUCAGCGAAGACCGCCGUUCGUCGUACCACUCCUCGAUCGCAGACGACUACCUGGCGCGGUUCGACGGGCCCCACGAGCCCUCCCCCUUUCCAAGACUGAUCAACCCCGGUCAGCACAUCCCGCCGUCCGAUGAGGAAAAGGAAGCGCAGAUCGAGGGUGCCCGGAUGGAUGUGCUGUCGUCCAACGACCCGGAGAUGCAGCUGGUGUGGGCGCAGGAUGCGUUGAACUACGUCGAGAUCGCAAUGAACUACUACACGCGGAUUGCGGAUCCCCCCGCGCGGCCGCAGACCCCGGCGUUGGAGCACCAGAUCAAGACCGACGCAAUCAACGUUGUGAGCUUUUUGGCCGACCAGCACCACCCUCGGGCCGAGUUUAUGAGGGGCAGUUGGUUGGAGUUUGGCAAGUUCGGCUUCCCGGUGGACAAGAAGGAGGCGUUCAGGUGCUAUGCAAGGGCCGGAGAGAAGGAGUAUGCGCGGGCGGAGUACCGGAUGGGUAUGCAGUUUGAGAACUCAAACGAGCCCCAAAAGGCAAUUGCGCGGUACGAGCGUGGUGCUCGCUUGGGUGAUUCGGCUUCCAACUAUCGGUUGGGAAUGAUGACGUUGCUUGGGCAGCACGGCCAAAGGCAAGACUACCGAAGAGGUUGCGAAUUGAUCCGACUCGCAGCAGAGCACGCAGACGAGAACGCCCCGCAGGGUGCCUACGUCUACGGUAUGCUCAUCGCUCGGGAAUUACCCGGAAUCGACGUUCCUGAAGGCUAUCUGCCGAACGACCUUACUUUGGCGAGGGAGAUGAUCCAGAAGGCGGCAUUCCUCGGAUUUUCGCGUGCCCAACUCAAAAUGGGAACCGCCUAUGAGCUGUGCCAGCUGGGCUGUGAUUUCAACCCUGCACUGUCCAUGCAUUACAACGCACUUGCAGCGAGACAGGGAGAGGCGGAAGCCGAGAUGGCCAUCAGUAAAUGGUUCCUGUGUGGUCAUGAAGGAGUCUUCGAGAAGAACGAGCACCUCGCCUACGAGUAUGCUAAGAGAGCGGCUUCGAGCGGUCUUGGGACUGCUGAAUUCGCCAUCGGAUACUUCUACGAGAUUGGAAUGUAUGUCCAGGUUGACCUUAAGGAGGCUCAACGUUGGUAUGCAAAGGCUGCCGAGCACGGUAACAAGGACGCUACCGGACGUAUCGAUGGUAUCUCGAGAUCAAAGACGCUUUCCCGGAAGGACCACGAGAACGUUGCCGUUGCCAAGAUUAAGUCUCGCCACGGUUCCAUGCGCGGAAAGAACCCAUUGACCGAGAGGCGCCAACAGCAACAGCACAUAGCGCCUACCAUCGAGGAAGUUGACAUGCCGGACCCUUUGAAUCCUCAACCCGGCCAGUACAACUAUCCGCCUCCGAACCAACACCAGUUCCCGCCUAGGCAGGGCUCGAUGGCGCCCCUAAACACGAGUUUCAUUCGAACAGACGAUGCGCCCCAACACGGUAUGUCCUAUGGAGUCCAAUCCGCCAUUGUCCCACAUGAUGCCCACCCCCAUGGAAUGCCCCCUCGUGGAAUGCCCCCGCCUGCUGGAACCUAUGGAGCCCCCCAAUCUGCCAUUCUCCCUCCCCGGUCUGGAACGGCGAUCCCUUACCCAUUGAGUGAUCGUCCAGGAAUCUCCAACAGCCUUGGCCCUCGGCCUUCAUCUGCCGCUGGAUAUGCUAGCGGACCCGGAAUGAUCCCUCCCGCCGGAACGUAUCCUCCACGCGCAGGAACCGCAAUGGGCUCGAUGGGCGGUCCCGGACCGAGCGGGCCCUUCAGGAAGCCCUCUGGCCAAGGACCCGCGCCCGGACCUCCGAUGCACGGUCCUGGUAGGCUGCCACAUCCUGGACGACCGGGACUUCCUCCUAACUCGGGAUCAGAUGGAUACGGCGCUGGACCGGAAGGCAAACACCGUCCUCCUCCGGUCGAUGUCGGAUUCGAAGCGCCCAUUGCCAACGCACCGAGAUCGCCACGACCCCCGAGAUCGCCUGGCCCCGGAAUGCAACAACCUGGACGACUUCCCGUCGGUGGUGCUAACUCUCCUUCCGCUCCUCUUAGUCCGUUGAGCCCCCGGCCUCCUGGAAAGCCGAUGGGUUUGCCCACCUCGCCUUCUCCCAGCGGUAGCCCAUGGGCGCCUCCGCCACAGCCACAGCAACAGCUGCCUCGCCCCUCAACCGCCAAUGGCCCCCCGGCGCCCCUGUCACACACCGAGCCCAGCUCGCCUGAGCCUGCGCCACCUCCACCCGUGAAGGCGCAGACGGCACCCGUCAAGGCGCCUAUGAGCGGAAAGGGACCCAAGACGUUCGAGGAGAUGGGAGUGCCCCAGCAGACGAAGGAGCAGGAUUGCGUUAUCAUGUAAAAGCGAGUGUUUAUAAAAGGUUGCAGAAGAUUUUUGGCCGGCGAAUGGGUUUGUUUUGCUAUGGGGGGGAUUUGGAACGGUGGUGGAGAUUGGAAGAGGAGAAUGAUCGUAAUAUAGACAGGAGGAGGUUGUGUUUCCUUGUUCAAUUCCAUUCCCGAAGACUUAUUUUUGGCUUGCGAGUGGGGAUUUUCUUUUUGUACUCGCUAUGGGAUUUUUUUACUAUUUCUAAUCUUUUUUUUUGGCGAUAUACCAUAUAUUGCUUUACCAUAUAAACCCAUACACUUUAGCCCGACAAGUUAUAGAAUACAUGUUGGCGUAUUUACCGAGA